AUGUACACAAAACACACAAGUCUGAAGUCGUGUUUAAGACAGAACUGCGUAUCCGCAUAUUGAACGCAUAAAAUGCUCAAAAUAUUUUUCGGUUUAACGUUAGUUCUGCUGUUGAAUGUGGUUGGAUUCAAUUGUAACGAUGAUGAUUCGGGAGUUAUUUUACCAAGCAUGUGCGAAGUGUGUAAGUUUUUUGUCACUGAACUGCAAAGCAGAUUAGAUGAAACUGGAAAGACCAAAGAAACUUUGCAUGUUGGUCAUGGAUUAGACAAGAAAAAGAAGAUUGUGUAUAAUAAGUCAGAAUUGAGACUGACAGAGGCACUCACUGAUCCACAUGUUUGUGAUAAAAUCCUGGAAUACAAUGUUCACAAGGAAAGGUCAGGGAGCAAUAGGUUUGCCAAAGGUCGUAGUGAAACGAUGGAAACAUUACAUGGAUUAGUAAAUAAAGGAGUAAAAGUGGAGUUAGGAAUUCCUCAUGAACUGUGGGAUGCACCCUCUGCUGAGGUGACAGAUAUGCAAAGAAAGUGUUUCAAAAUGGCGGAGGAGUAUGAAGAUGAGAUAGAAGACUGGUAUUUCAACCAGCAGGACAAGGAUCUGAUGACAUAUCUGUGUGCUAACCGUGCCCUCCGCAAGGAUGACAAAAAAUGCUUAACAGAGAAGUAUGAACUCAAAGGAGAAAGAGAAAAAGUUGACACCGAUGAAAAAACUGCAAGGAAAAAGAAUAAAAAGAAAUCAAAGGGAGAAGAAGGAGACAAGGAUACAAAAGAUGAAUUAUGAUGAUAUCUCCAUAGUGAUGACCUAUGGCAUUGAUGUUUGACCCCCCCCCACUAAUUGUCAUUCUAUUGACCUUCAUUUUCUUAUUUUUACAACCUUUACUUAUCUGUUGAAGCGUAUAGUCAAGUUCUUAAUGUUAGUGCAGUAAACACAAGACUGAUACUGUAGAUACUUAAUUAAAUGCAAGGAAUUAAUAUACGCACAAAGUCGUGAGAAGCAGCUCUCACAGAUUUAAUAAAAAAAAAAUUUUAUUUGUUUGACAGUUUUGAACUAUACAAUACUAUUCCCAAAAAGUUCUGUGCUUGCAAUUUUAUAUUUGCACAAAUGAUACAAAACGUUGGAGUUGCAGAAUUUAGAACCUGUGUAAAAUAGGGAAUCUCCAUUAAUGCAUAACUACUUAAGGGGGUGUUGGACAUCUGUCAAUAUUAAUUUGGAUUAAAGUACAUUGUAAUUAAAUACUUUCACUGGUUUGAAUUUCCAAAUUUUGCAAUAUUUACCGUAAUCCGGUGAAUAUAAUACGCACUUUUUUUCCCAGCAUUUUUUACAGUGAGAAAGGGGUGCAUAUUAUACAUCCCUAUAAGAUGUGUUUGUGAAACACUUACGACCCCUCCCUGGGAAACAUCCACAAAGAAAAUGAACGUAAGCUGCAAUAUUUGGGAUUUUUCUAAGUCCAAGGGGCAUAACUCUGUCAAAAAUGGCUCAAUCAUACCCAAUAUCGAACUUUAUCAUGAUAAACUUGUAAACCAAAUUUCAUUUUAAUAUGUUCAUCCUCUGUGAAGAAAAUGAAUGGAAGGGGGGCAUAAAAAUAUGUUUUAAAAAUUUUGGAAAGGUAAAAAUUUUAUAAUCCCCAAUGGGAUUUGGACUUAUGACUUACAGAUCUGUAGUGAACUUUCCAACACUCAGCACAACACUGUUAGAAAACAAUUUUGGGAAAGAAAUUAUUUAUAAAAUCAUACUUGAUUUUAUAGUUUAUUUUAAUAAAUAAUAGGUUACAACAUGGAAGUGUCCCAUACGACCUUAAUUUCAUUUUUGCUUGCAUGUAUGAAGUAUGGAUAAAGAUUACAUGGUGCAAUUUAUUCUACCUGUUUCAAUAUUUCAUAUUCCCUUUUCAACUGAAUGAGACUGAUAAUAUAUGUACAUUUGUGUGGUGUUUUUUUUUUGGUAAAUCAACAAAUACACAUAAAAAGAAUGCUAAUUGUAUAUUAUAUUUAAUUUAUAAAAUAUGAUUUUGGUUUUUGUGAAUAAUUAUGUUGCACUUCUAAAUGCUGGUGCUAAUGUAAUUCAGGUCACAGUUUACUGAUACAAAUAUUUGUUCAUCUGUUCAUAUUUGUGCAUUUGUUCAUAUUUUUCAAACAAUAAUAUCCAAACAUCCUAGAGAAAUCUCAUUAAAAGAGCUGUGUUUUUUCAUGUUGGUCAUCUGUUUUUAAAUAUUUGACUUUUUUGCUCCAAUGCAGAUUAAAUCUAUUGUUAUGUCUGUAGAUUUUUCAUCAACCAAUUUUGCUUCUAGAUGUAUAUGCAAGUCAAAUCAAAAUCUUUAGUAAAAAAGGCUGAUAAGAAUAUAUGUGGUCAAAUUCUAUGUUUUUAUAAAAAAUAAAUAUUUCAACAGGAA